GAGAAAUUUAGUAUCCUGCCACGGCUGGCAAAUAUCUUUGAUGCCACCGUGUCCAAGCGUGUGAAAGUGACGCGGUUCAUUGAUUAUGCCCCUAUGGUGUUCCAGCGGAUACGCGCGAGCUUUGGAAUCCACAGCGAUGACUAUCUUCGGUCUGUGGGACCUGAACAGCUGCUGGGGAACAUGGUUUUGGGAAACUUGUCUUCGUUGUCAGAGCUGUCCUCUGAGGGCAAGAGCGGGGCGUUUUUCUACUACACGUCUGAUGGGAAGUACAUGAUGAAGACAGUCACGCACAAGGAGCAGAUGCUUCUGAAGAAGAUGCUGAAGAAGUAUUACGACCACAUCACUCAGAAUCAGGGUACGCUCUUGGUGCGAUUUCUGGGCUUGCAUUGCCUCAGCGUCCACAAGGAUCGAAAGGGCUCGGCAGUCCAGAAGGUGUACUUUGUGGUGAUGGGCAACAUGUUCAACACCCCCUUCGAGAUUCACAGGCGAUAUGACCUGAAAGGAUCCUGGGUCGGGCGCGUCACAAAGGACGAGGACAAAGAUCCAUCAGUGGCCCUCAAGGAUGUUGAUUUCACAAAGGCCAAGGAGUCCAUCGCAGUGGGUCCCGAGCGAAAAGCAAAGCUUGUCGCGCAGAUCGAGAGGGACAGCGCCUUUCUGAGAGACAACAACAUCAUAGACUAUUCCCUGUUGCUGGGGAUCUACUUGCUUGGUGGUAGCCAUCCGACGGAAGAAAAAGGUGGGGAAAAUCCGGAGAGCUGCAUGGG